UAUAACAAAUAAUUUGAGCUAUGAGAUGUCGGAAGAGUCGGGGACGAGCAGCUCCAGUUGGUGGGGACUAGGUUCCAGUGUCGCCAGUAACUUGUCCGGCAACUUACCUACCAACUUGACCAGUAACCUGACCAGUAAUUUGACCAGUAAUUUGACCAGUGGUGUAGGCUCUUUCUGGAACAAAGCAAAAGAAACCGGUUCUUAUGUGUACGAGUUUACAGCAAACGACUUCAAUGAAGUAAAGGCGUCCCUAACACAUGAUAUUAUAGCCCCCUCCGCCUCUGCACUCAAACACAAGCUUCAGCCACACGCACAGUAUGGGUCACUUACAGACUCCGUGGCUACAAUGCUGGGGAACGUGUCCGACUACCUGGCCCCCGAACCGGAACACGUGGAGUAUGUAUCUAGAUACGGAGAAGAUAGGAUAAAUGCCAUACAUACCUCCCAGGAUACGUAUCUCAGUCACAAAACAGACGACCACUACAAGGAAUGGAGCACUACCUUUACUCUGGAGGACCACACCCAUGAAAUAAGCCGCCUGCUUGUCGACAAUCAGAAACUCAGAGACUUACACACGCUACUGGUACCAGCCGAACUGAGUUACACAAACUUCUGGAAGAUCUAUUAUUACCGAAGCGAAUUAUUUUCCAUGGAAAAAGCAAGACACGAGGCCUUGUUAUCGAGGGUAGACAACGAAGAAGCAGAAGAAGAACUGAAAUGGAGUGAUGAUGAAGACGAGGAGGAGGAAACGCCCGAACUGAUCAGUACUUCUGAAGAAAGUAAAGAGACGAUAGAAGGGAGCGGAGCUAACAUUAUCACUGAGCAGCCUGUAUCUGUGGAGACUUGUACCGAGGGAACUGUCACUCCUGGUGAUAAGUCACCACAAGACCUUACAUCAGAGAGUACUAAUUUAGUGACCGAAGAAGAGGUGGAAAUAAAAGCAGAGGAUACAGAAGAGAUACUGAAGCCAGAGACAGUCAAAACGCAAGAAAUAGUUGAGGCAAAAGAAUCAGUUGAGACACAAGAAACAGUUGAGACACAAGAACCAGUUGAGACACAAGAAACAGUUGAGGCAAAAGAACCAGUUGAGACACAAGAAACAAUUGAGGCAUCACAGCCAGAGACUGUGGAAACACAAGAAACAGAAUCGAUGCAGUCCUCAUCCGCCGUAAUGUCGGACUCCACUGAUCCUAAAAUUGAGGUUUCCUCCGAGGAAGGCUCGUACGACGUUGUUAAACACGGAGAGUUGGAGCGUCCCCCAUCUGUCCAAGAUGACGAAGAUUUCGAAAAAGAACUGGAUCAAAUGAUGGAAAACAUCAACGUUGACGAACCAACAGCAUCAGGCAUGGACGAUGAUGGUGACUGGGAGGAGUGGGACUGACACCUAUUUUUAUAUCAGAAAUUAAUGGGGAAUCUUUCUAGGCUCGACAUGUUUAUUGGAUAUAUUUUAUGGGCCAAUUUGACUACGAAUAAAGGGCGACUCAUUUUGUUGAUACCCUGCGAUUUGAUUUUGCAUGCCACCAUGUAGGGGGAGGGGGGACAGUGGACACCAUGUUACAAAAUAGAUAUAAUACAAAUUACAAUAGAGUUCCUGAAAUGUUAAAUGGGUUAUUUUCUUAUUAACAUAUAGGUUUGGUGAUAGUCACGAUUGUAAAUUAGAUUAUGUUUUAUUUAUGAAUGUUAUACGUAUUGGAAAUUGUCAAUCAAGCUGAAGGUUAAUAAGUUUUACUACAAUUUUAUACGUGCUUUUCGAGACAAUGAAAAGUGACCUAAACGAUGUCAAACAAUGAUUUUCUUACUGUGAAUUUCGAGGUGGUUGUAAUUUUCAAUUGAAGAUAAAUAAAUAAAACUGCUGUAUAAAUGUAAUAUUCUUUGCAGAUAGAAACAUUCCAUCAUGAA